AUGGAGGUCAGAUUGGAGCGACCUGUGCAGAAAAGGCAAGUACUGCUUCUCUGUGUGUUUCUGGGAGCUGCUUGGGUUGGCGCCGAACAGCUUCAGUAUUCUGUGGCGGAGGAAACUGAGAGGGGCACUUUCCUGGCCAAUCUAGCUAAGGAUUUGGGGUUGGAGCUGGAGGAACUGUCAGCUCGGGGGGCUAGAAUUGUUUCAGACCAGAACACAGGCUUUUUACUGCUCAGUACGCUUACUGGAGACUUAAUUCUGAAUGCAAAGCUGGACCGGGAGGAGCUGUGCGGCCCCACGGAGCCCUGUGUACUGACAUUCCAGGUGCUGUUGGAAAACCCAUUUCAGAUUCACCGCGCUGCACUGCAUGUCAGAGAUAUAAAUGAUAAUUCCCCAAUAUUUCUAGACAAAGAAAUUCCCUUGAAAAUAUCAGAAAGCACAGCUCCUGGGGCAAAGUUUCUGCUGGAGAGGGCGCUGGAUUCUGACGUGGGGCCGAACAGCCUGAGGAACUACACCAUCAGUGCCAAUGCCUAUUUCCACAUCCACGUGCACGAUGGAGGGGAGGGCACUAUCUUCCCUGAAUUGGUACUGGAUCGAACGCUGGACCGAGAAGAAAUAGCGGAGUUCACCUUAACUCUCACAGCUUUAGAUGGUGGAUCUCCACCCAGGUCUGGGACCGCCCUGGUGCGCAUCCUGGUGUUGGACAUAAAUGACAACUCCCCUGUAUUCGUGCAGUCCCUCUACAAAGUACAGUCACUUGAAAACACUCCUGUUGGCUCCUUGGUUGUUGCCGUGUCUGCUAGGGAUUUAGACACGGGAAGUUACGGAGAGAUAGCAUACACAUUUUUUUAUGCCACUGAAAGAAUUCUCCAAACGUUUCAAAUCAACUCUACGACUGGAGAUCUUUAUCUUAAAGGUGAACUCAACUAUGAAGCAAUUCAAACUUACUCGAUAACGAUACAGGCCAAAGAUGGUGGGGGACUUUCUGGAAAAUGUACUGUGGUUGUAGAGGUAAUGGAUGUAAAUGAUAACUCACCUGAACUUCUCAUGUCAUCGCUUACUAGCCCGAUUGCGGAGAACUCACCAGAGACAGUCGUGGCUGUUUUCAGAAUUAGAGACAGAGAUUCAGGGAACAAUGGGAAAACCAUGUGCUCCAUUCCGCAUGAUCUUCCCUUUGUUCUGAAGCCAUCUGUGGAAAAUUUCUAUACUCUAGUAACAGAGACGCCUUUAGAUAGAGAAACGCAAUCCGAGUACAACAUCACCAUCACAGUCACUGACAUGGGCACACCAAGGCUCACAACCCAGCACACCAUAACAGUGCAGGUCUCUGACGUCAACGACAACGCCCCCGCCUUCACACAAAGCUCCUACACCCUGUUUGUCCACGAGAACAACAGCCCCGCCCUGCACAUAGGCACCAUCAGCGCCACAGACUCAGACUCAGGCUCCAAUGCCCACAUCACCUACUCGCUGCUGCCCACCCACGACCCACAGCUGGAUCUCUCCUCGCUCAUCUCCAUCAAUGCUGACAAUGGGCAGCUGUUCGCGCUCAGGGCGCUGGACUACGAGACCCUAAAGACCUUCGAGUUCCACGUGGGCGCCAUGGACCAAGGCUCGCCUGCGCUCAGUAGCCAGGCGCUGGUGCACGUGCUGGUGCUGGACGCCAAUGACAAUGCGCCCUUCGUGCUCUACCCGCUCCAGAACGCCUCUGCGCCCUUCACAGAGCUGCUGCCCAGGGCGGCAGAGCCAGGCUACCUGGUAACCAAGGUAGUGGCUGUGGACCGCGACUCAGGACAGAAUGCCUGGCUGUCGUUCCAGCUGCUGAAGGCCACGGAACCUGGACUGUUCAGCGUGUGGGCUCAUAAUGGUGAGGUGCGCACCUCCAGGCUGCUGAGUGAGCGCGAUGCUCCCAAGCACAGGCUGCUGCUGCUGGUCAAGGACAAUGGCGAUCCUCCGCGGUCUGCCAGUGUCACUCUGCAUGUGCUGCUGGUGGAUGGCUUCUCUCAGCCCUACCUGCCUCUGCCUGAGGUGGCGCGCGACACCACACAGGAGGGAGACCUGCUUACAUUGUACCUGGUCAUUGCCUUGGCGUCUGUGUCUUCGCUCUUCCUCUUGUCUGUGCUGCUGUUCGUGGGGGUGAGGCUGUGCAGGAGAGCCAGGACGGCCUCUCUUGGUGGCUGCUCUGCUCCUGAAGGACACUUUCCUGGACACCUGGUGGAUGUCAGCGGGACAGGGACUCUGUCCCAGAGCUACCAGUAUGAGGUGUGUCUGACAGGGGACUCUGGGACUGGUGAGUUCAAAUUCUUGAAACCAAUUUUACCUGAUUUCCAAGACCAUCCUCUUGGACCAGAAAUGGGCGAAAAUUCCAACUGUAGAAACAACUGGGGUUUCGGCAUUCAGUUAAAAUAG